UCCAAGGCUUACAAAUGGAGCGCACCCUUCAGUUUAGCGUUAGCAUCUAGCUAUUCUGAACUCAUACAUUUCGUUUCUUUGAAAACAGCUGCAGAUUACGCUGUUAGUACAGUUUUCUGUAUAUACUAUUGUUUUUGGGAAUGACGUCUUAAUAUUACAAAACUUCUCCUCUCAGUGGUGAAUGUGUUGUUAUGCGCUAAGACAAAGUUUUGGACUACAAGUAUGUCUGUUUUUAGAAUCUUUAUGCCUUUCUGCGGUUCCAAAAUUGGGGUUUAAACUCAGCUGUUUGUCAGAUGUCCUUCCAGUCACAGCCAUGUCAGACAAGCACCACUGUUCAUGUUGCUCCCAUCCCGUCUCCUCCCCCAGUGUUCACCAGACUCUGGAUGAAAUGGAUUUUGAAAGAGGUAUCUGGUCCGCUGCCCUGGAUGGAGACCUGCAGAGAGUCAGGCUCCUUGUUCAGAAGGGGACUGACCCGAACAUGAAAGAUUCAGCUGGGUACACAGCUCUGCACUACGGGAGCCGUAGCGGACAUUUUGCCGUGUGCGCGUUCCUCCUCGAGGGCGGUGCGUGUCCGUCCCCUCAGACCCCGGGCGGGGCAACCCCGCUCCAUCGAGCAGCAUACUGCGGUCAUCCGGACGUGGUUCGGCUCCUUCUGCAAAGCGGUGCAGAUCCCACCCUCUGUGAUGACGACGGUGCAAAUCCUUUGCACAAGGCUGCAGAACAGGGCCACUCUAAAGUGUGCCAGCUGCUUCUCGAGCUUUGCCCUGCACUCUGCAGCCAGGGGAACAAGAAGCUCCAGCUGCCCUACCAGCUGACACAGCAGGGAGAUCUGCAGGAGCUCCUCACACCACCCCGGUCAUAACGGACGAAGAUGCUAAUGUCACACGCACACACGUCACAAGAUUAAAAACUGUACACGAUGAAGACUGAGUCUGGGAACUCUGGCAGAAUCAGUGAACGUGGAAUAACAUUUUUAACCUCCGGCAUUGUUCCAGUCUUUGAUCUUUUAUUUCACCGCUUUUUGUAUUGUCUGCAUUUCUCAAACUUCAGCAAAACGUGAAAACAUUUCAAAACCUCA